AUGAACUAGCCAUUUGAGGGGAUUUCGAAGCCAUCGCUCCUCUUCAUGGCGGCCAUUAAAACCCAAUUCCCGUUGUUUGCGCCGCCGCCGCUCCGGCCGGAAACUCACCGCCCCAUAACUGAAAUCCGCUUCUCGCGGUGGAACAACGCUAACGCCAGGAAAUUCGUCGUCCCCAAGCGCCUUCAGAAAGAGUACGAGGACCAAAUCCGCACGGAGAAGCGCUACGAUUCCGCCCUAUCCAUCGCGCACAAUUACAACCCCGCUCCACCCAAUCCGACCACAUUCAAAUCCACCGGAACUCCUUCUGCGCCUUCCGCCCCCUCCAUCCCCGGAAAAUCGUCCAAGUACUCGAAACCCCCUGAGCCCGAAAAAACGCACCCGGCGUUCGAGCCGCUCAUGAAGCCCCAAAAAUUACCCGUGGAUGAAGAUAGGAGCCCAAUUUCUUCGUCGCCUAAUUUUAGAAUAGAUGAAAAUGGCGUUUCGUACGAAAUGGCGGACGCACCGUUUUUGUAUCAGUAUAGUUACACGGAGACACCUAAGGUUAAGCCCGUGAAGUUGCGGGAACCACUGGUGUCUCCAUUUGGACCUACAACAAUGGCGAAGCCGUGGCUCGGACGGAAACCGUUCCCUCCCAGCAAGAAGAAGCUGCCGGAAUUCGAUUCAUUUCAGCUGCCACCGCCGCAUAAAAAGGGUGUGAAACCGGUGCAGGCGCCGGGGCCAUUCUUACCUGGCUCGGGGCCCAAGUAUGUGAGGUCCAGGGAGGAAAUCCUUGGAGCGCCAUUGAGUAAGGAGGAGAUCGAGGAACUGAUUAAUGGGGUUAAGAAAUCCAGCCGCCAAUUGAACAUAGGAAGAGAUGGCCUAACGCAUAACAUGUUGGACAAUAUUCAUGAUCUCUGGAAGCGGCGGAGGGUGUGCAAGAUAAAGUGCAAAGGAGUAUGCACAGUAGACAUGAAUAAUGUGUGCCAACAAUUGGAGGAAAGAAGUGGAGGGAAGAUAAUAUUCAAUAGAGGUGGUGUCAUAUACCUGUUUCGGGGAAGAAACUAUAACUACAAAAAUAGGCCUCGCUUUCCUCUCAUGUUAUGGAAACCUAUCUCGCCAGUAUAUCCGAGGUUGAUCAAAAAGGUCCCAGAAGGUUUGACUCUAGAAGAAGUGACGGAGAUGCGAAAAAAGGCGCGAGACCUGAAACCAAUAUGCAAGCUUGGCAAAAAUGGUGUUUAUUGUGAUCUUGUUAAACAUGUAAGGGAGGCAUUUGAAGCCUGUGAAUUAGUGAGAAUCAAUUGCCAAGGAUUGCAUACAAGUGACUACAAAAAAAUCGGUGCAAAAUUAAAGGAUCUUGUCCCUUGUGUAUUGUUGUCGUUUGAACUUGAGCACAUACUCGUAUGGAGGGGACGAGACUGGAAGUCCUCUGUAAUGGAACCAAAUGAGAGUUCCAAUGGCUCGGUGGAAGCUGUUGUUGAUGAUAAGGAGCUAGUACUAUCAUCUCCAUUACCAAAUUCUCAAAGCUUGCCAAUGGUGGAGCCAAAUUGUGUCGAUCAAGAAACAAACUCAUCUUCUAAUGGAUGCUGUACUGAGGAAUCUCCGGGAAGAAAUGAAUUGAUUGAACUUGGGGCAGAUGAUUUGUCUGAAGCUGAUGAUGCAGACGGCAAUAGCUUUGAUGAAUCUCCUGUUUUCCCUGACUCCAGCCUUAAUCUUGAAGCUCAUGUGUCAUCCAUGGAGGAGUUGCCUAAUGGAGUGAAUGACGAACAACAAAUGAAGAUCCCGGCGCAGGAAAUUCUGCUUCUCAGAAACCAAGCCAUAGAAUCUGGAAUGGCACUCGCCCUGGACAAUACUCUUGAUUCAGACGCGGUCUUCAAAGAGGCAGCAACAUUUGCAAAGACAGCUCCAACCGGCCCCGUCUUCCCACCCCGUCCUAAAAAACCAGCAGCUGAGGAAAAGAAAAAACGAGGAAGUGCUGAUUCAAGGCCUAAAGAAGAAGCUCCAACAGGUUUACCGUUACCGUUAGAAAUCACCAUCCCUACCCGAAGAGACGAUCAAAAAACUCCCCGAAUCAACCGACAGAAAGAUAUUCAAGCAGACCAUCUCAACAUUGCCUCAAAGGGAACUCUGAGAGUAGAUGAACUUGCUAAGUUACUAGCAUAAUGAGAUGUGCCUUUGAUGUAUAUUAUCUUGUAAAUCACGUUUAACCUCAAAUCUUGUCCACUAACAACCAUAGCUAUCACCAUUGCCUUCA